AUGCCGCCCAUCAAGUUGUCUCAGUCGCUCAAGACGUUGAUCGGCUCGAGUGCUGCUAGGGGUGCACCGUUGCCGGCCCCCUCGACGGCUUCGCUGGAUCGCUUGUUCGCAGAGUUGAGGUCGAGUGCGAAGGGGAAGGGCGUAGGAUCCAACACGUGGUUGACAUUGUCGGUCAGUCGUACCGUUCUGGCUUCAAUAUGGAGAACAUGGGGGUACUCAUCGAUACCCGGGAUGUCCUUUCGGUGCAUACAGUCAGCGACACUGACCACGCUCAACUCACCGGACUCGCUCAAGCACCUGUACACCUUCGCAACCAAGGACGCGACCGAGGUUGAUCAAGUCAGGACAGCCGCUGUGGGUCUCAUCAUGCCUGCUCAUCCCAGAGACUACUUCUUGUUGUAAGCUGACCCCCAAGGCUAUCGCGAUUUGAACAUCAGUUGAUGAGGGAGGUCGGCCUCAAGUGCAUCAGGUGAGCGAGAACUAGAGUGGCCUACUCGUUCUUAAUUGCUCACCUUUCGAUGUGUACUGUCGUGUUCCCCUUAAGCUUCAACGGGAUACCGCGCGUGCGUUCUACCCCCAGUUUUUUCUGAUCGUCCCGGGGCAGGCUGGAUGCGCUCGGACAAGAUGUCCUUUGCCCGCUUGACCCCGACCAAGUUGUGCUGUGCUCACUUGCUAACGAUUUCUUUUCCAGUCGAUCAACAACCUGGCUGCACUUCGUUCCGCCGUUCCGGCGUCGAUCCAAGAACGUCUCGGCACGACCCCCACUCGGUGCGUCAAGGAUUUUCGCAAGCAAGCUCAUCAACUUGACUCAUCUCAAACACUAACGAAACCUAUAUAUGCAUACACAGUGAGCCCAAGGACCCCUCGACUGUCUCAUCCCGCGCCAAAGCGCUCUGGAACUCGAUCUACGACCCCCAAUCCACAAAACUACUUUCGAUCCUUUCGGCCUCGCAUCCCGACCUCCCCGUCCACAUCCUCAAUUCCCACUACGGCGCGUUACUAGCCGAUCCUCCUGUCCAGUCUUCUUCCCCGGGUGAAAGCACCUCCACAGUCGGUCGCAUCUUGACUUCUUUGAUCGCCAUCUCGUGUCUCCGAGCUCAGGGGGGUGUUGAACCCCAAGUGAUUUCGCAUGUCUUUGGGUUGAGGAAAGCUUCGUUCGAGGAGGAGGCGAAGAAGGAAUUAGGGGAAGGUGGGGAGUGGUUGACGAGUGAAGAUGGGGCACAGUGGUGUAUUGAUUGGGUGGAUAGAAUCGUUGAUGAGGUUGCGAGAGGGGAGGGGCCGACUUUUGCGACGAGGCCGCAGGGAGGGUUGAAGGCCAAAUUGUAG